AUGGCCGCGAGCGGCGACCCUGGCGCCGGGCCGUCGGGAACGACGGACGAGGCGGCGGGGGACGUGCUGUUCGGGGGGCGACACGCUGCCGGCACCACCGACCUCCAGCCGGACGAGUGCUGGUACGUUUCGAAAAACGGGAAGGGCUUUCGGGCUGAAAUACAAUACAUGGCGGCCGAGAAACCGAUCAAAGUUCGGGGACCCACACGCAAGACCGUGUCGGAGGCGGCCGAGGACGCCGACAAUCUGCGGUACAAGCUGCGCCACGAGCUGCUCAAGCACGCCGGCAUCGCCCUCGACGCGAGGUAUAAUUUCGACAUGACCGCGGCGAUGGCGGCGAUGCUCGACGGUCCGAGCCUCGACCAGGUCAAGGAGAUGCUGCACAUGGACGCGGCACGCGGGCGGAAGGCGAGUUCGUCGCGCUUCAAGGGCGUGUCGUGGGACAAGGCGGGCGGGAAAUGGAGAGUAAGAUUAACGGUUCCCGGAGCUGAGGGAAAGAAGGCGCGCGAGCUCAAAGCCUGCUCUCUCGACAGCGAGAUCGAAGCCGCCGAGGCGUACGACCUCGUUGCGAUGAAGAUACACGGCAGGAAGGCGGACGUCAACUUCGCAUAUGAUUCCACGGGCGACGGCGUCGCGGACAUCGUGCCGGAGAUCACAACAAGUAUUUUUACCAGUGGCAAGGCCCCGCGAGCGCUCUUGGAAGGUGGGGCGCCGGACGAGGCUGACGCGACGACGACGCUCCGGCGCGUCGAUCUCGACGAGCUGCAGUCCGAGGACCUGGAACUCGCGACGGGCAGGGUGAUCACCAACGCCUUCCUGGAGGAGUACGCCGCCGGAGGCGCACCUGCCACGGAGCGCAAGGCGCGCGGGACGAGGAAGCCGCGCAGGCGUGCACAGGGGAGCGAGACCGCGAGCUCCGACGAUGAGGGCUCGGAUGGCGCAAGCGACGACGAGCCCGUGCAGCGUGGCGGCAGGCGCGCCGCUGGCGCGACCCCCAGGGCCGACAGCGGGUGGGCAGAAGCGGUGGACGCGUGCAGGUGGUGCGGCAAGGAUCACUUCAGCGAGGAGGAGGGCAUCCACCCGGACACGAUGCUCUGCUGCGAGCUGUGCGGCGAGGGCCAGGCGCACGUGUCCUGCCACGAGUCGGCCACGGGGAAGAAGAUCGACAGCCUGGACGAUGACUGGUUCUGCACCGAGGACUGCACCAACAUCGCGCACUACGUCGACACCAUGUGCGACAUCCAGCAGGCCGUGACCGCCGACGACGGCUCCAAGCUGAACGGCGUGUUCUUCGAGAUGCUUUCGGACGACAGCACCAAGGCUUCGAACAAAUCCGCGGCUGCGCUCCUCCUGGACGCCUUCCAGCCCGUGGACCUGGACGGGUACAACCUCGUCGAGCUCGUCGCGACGUCGAUGCCCGGCACGCCCGAGGACGACAUCCCACUGGACUGCUCGGGCUUCCGCUUGUUCGUCCUGCGCCGCCGCGGCGUCAUCGUGUGCGUCGCGGCGGUCCGGUUCUUCAGCAACGCGUUUGCGGAGAUGCCGUUCAUCGCCACGAGGGAGGCUCACCGCGGGAAGGGCAACGCGCGGCUGCUCGUGUCGCAGAUCGAGGCGCUGAUGAUUGAGCUCAACGUGCAGAAGCUCGUCGUCCCCGCCAUGAAGGAGGUGUACGGCAUGUGGACCAAGGGGUUCGGGUUCGCGCGGCUGACUGCCAAGGAGCGUCGCGGCCUCCAGGGGCGCGUCGUGGAACCAGAUGAGUCGUCGGCGGUCCUGCUGAAGAAGUCCGUGCUCGACGAGCCAAGGAAGAGCAAGCCGGCGCGCCACGCGACCCUGAAGGCGCCCGCGCGCAAGCAGGCUGCUGCACCGCCGCCUGUGCCCGAGGGCGCGCAGUCGCUCGCGCAGACAGCGGACGUCCCGGCGGCCGCCGGCAACGAGAGCGGCGCGGCGGAGGUGCCGACGGAGGAGAAGCCGCUGGGCGAGGCGUGGUCCUUCCUUCUGAACUGGAAGCCGGAAGACUGGGUAACGGAGCGCCCGCUGCGCUUCGCGACCGACAAGGACUGGCAGGACCAGCUGGCCACGUGGUUCUUCCUGCUCUUCUUGGAGCCUGUGUUCAAGAGCGAGGACGAUGUCCCGGACGCGGAGACAAACUACACCGCGGACAACCUCGACCUGGGCGCGUUCGUCACGCACGACGAGAUGAUGUACAUGUACGACCUGGUGUUCAAGAACGCCCCGGCGGGCGCGAAGAUGUCUCAGCCGCGGCUCGCUGCCUUUCUGCACGACUACUUCGGCCACCUCGGGGUCGUGACGGAGGCGGCCGGCACCGUCGAUGCAGACCGCUUGUGCAUUCCGUCCGAGCCAGGCGUGCGCAUCGGCUCCGGGCCCAGCAACCGCGCGCUCGGCGCCCUUGCGCCGCGCAAACACCCCCGCUCCUGGCAGGACGGGCUGCACCCCGAUCUGUCGGCGGCGUUCGUGCGCCUCGGGCUCGUCAUCCCCGAGGAGGCGCUGUACAGGGGCAUCAUGGUCGAGGACUUCGCUGGGGUCCCCUUCGUGGACCAGCCGCGCCUGUGCCUUGCCGUCCACGGCCUGUGUUGGGUGUGGAGCCCGGACCCCGAGAAGGUCGCAGGGGAGGACGUCUUCCAGCUCGUGGCCGCGACGCACCGUGACAGCGUGGGCUUCCCCGACGAGCGGACGAUGCACGCGGCCCUCACCGGGCGCUGGUCCGGCGUCCCGGGGACGUCGCUUGCGCCGUUCCCGGAGCCCACGCCCGAGCAGCAGUCCGAAAUGCCAAGCGAUGACGCGGUGCCCGAGGAGGCCCUCGAGGUGCCCCAGUACGUCGACGGACUCCCCCCGGAGAUCCCCAUGCUCGGCAAGCUGCUUUUGGCGUACGCGGACGACGAUCGAGUGCUCCUGCGCGUCUACACGGGCAACAGCCGCCUGUACGUGCACGUCCAGAACACCGGCACCGUCGUCAUCGUGGGAGCCGGCACGGUGCGGACGGUAGCCAGCCCAGAGCCGCACGAGGUGGUGCGUCGCGGGGAGGCGCCGCCUGUGGAGGGCGCGCUGGGCUCCCACGUGCACUGGGUGCGUAUAAUCAAGACGGGCGUUCCCCUCGACCCGUCCAAGCCCCCGCCGCCAGCCGCGACGACGGCCCCGGGCACCACGUCGAUCACGUACACCAGGCUGCCGAGGGGGUCCGGCGAGCCCGAUCCCGCGGACGGGCUCGCGGCCCGUCUGCCGUUCCUGCCGCCGGCGCUGCUGUUCCUGCACGGGCGCCUCCCGGGGAACAGCGCGGCCGCGGUGGAGCAGGUGCCGCAUGAGGUGACCGGGGCGGGCAGUAUGGACAUGUCGCCGUGA